AUGCGACGGUAUGAAAACGGCGGGCGGGGCGCGGCGGGCGGCACGCGGCCGCCAGUGCUCUUCGCGCAGGACCGGAGUGGCGUUCACUCGGCGGCGCGCCACGGCGCGACAUGCCCAGCUGAUGUUUAUUUAUACCGCGAGCUCGGCGGAGGGCGCGCGCGGGAGGCCCUCCCCACCGCGGCACCACGGUUUCGCGUGAUGCAGCCGAGCGAGCCAGCCGACACCGCGCACGCCGCCAGCGGAAACCCCCCGCAGCGGGGCCUCAACGGUGGCCGUUUCGACUUCGACGAUGGUGGCACGUAUUGCGGCGGCUGGGAGGACGGCAAAGCCCAUGGCCACGGUGUGUGCACCGGGCCGAAGGGACAGGGUGCCUACGCCGGCUCCUGGCACUUCGGAUUCGAAGUAUCCGGCGUCUACACCUGGCCCAGCGGCAGCGCGUACGAGGGACAAUGGCAGAACGGCAAGAGGCACGGUUUGGGAGUGGAGACACGGGAUCGGUGGUUGUAUCGCGGAGAAUGGACUCAGGGGUGCAAGGGGCGCUACGGUGUUCGCCAGAGCACCACCAGCAACGCUAAAUACGAGGGAACAUGGGCGAACGGCUAUCAAGACGGAUACGGCUCCGAGACAUACGCGGACGGCGGGACGUACCAAGGUCAAUGGCUGCGGGGGCACAGGCACGGGUACGGGGUCCGCACCUCGGCGCCGUUCGGUCUGGCGUCGCACUACCGCGGCGGCGCGAGGGACACCCGCGGCUCGCUGUCCUCGCUGGUGGAGGCGGUCGGCACCCCGGACCCCUCCGACCGGCGCAACCUGCGCGUGGACGACGCGCGCGGCGGCUUCGUGCUGCAGAAGAGCUCCGACGAGCCCGCCGGCCGGCGCGGCUCACUCGUCGAGAAGACCAAGAAGGGCUUGUUCCCCAACUUUCGCAAGCGACGCAGUACCGGAGAGUUGGACAAACGCGGCACCGGUUCCGUGCGGUCGGGAGGUUCCGCGGGAUCCGCCUCCUCUUGGGUCUCCUCCGUGGAAAGCACGCACUCCAACAACACGCGUGGCUCCCACCAUACGCACUCCAACACCAGUUUCAUUGUCGAGGACGAGCACUUGGAUCCGAGUGUAACAGAAACGUACAUGGGUGAAUGGAAGAACGACAAGCGAACAGGAUUUGGUGUGUGCGAGCGCAGCGACGGCCUCCGAUAUGAAGGUGAAUGGCUCGGGAACAGGAAAUAUGGAUACGGAGUGACGACGUUCCGAGACGGCACCAAGGAAGAGGGGAAAUACAAAAACAAUGUGCUCAUCACCAGCCAGAAGCGGAAACACAUGUUUCUCAUGCGAUCGGCGAAAUUCCGUGAACGCGUUGACUCAGCGGUGAACGCGGCACAACGCGCUUCGAAAAUAGCAUUACAAAAGGCCGAUAUUGCCAUCUCUAGAACUGCUACCGCUCGGGGUAAGGCUGAGCAAGCGGAUGAAUCGGCAGACCAGGCAAAAGAAGACUGUGAUAUAGCACAAACAACUGCAAGACAGUUCGCUCCAGAUUUCAAACACCCUGGCUUUGACAGAAUAGGUUUAAGAGACCGUUAUAGACAAAAGGCAUAUGAACGGCAAUCACCCGGACCUGUGGCGCAAGAAUCUGAUCAGAUCUUAGAAGGAAAGACCAUUCCAAAUCAUAUCCCGCCAACGCAUUCGCAGCUCCCUCAAGGCAACAAAAUUCCUAAUGCAAUGAAUUCAAGACGGCCAUCCACACAAUAUCCUAAAGCAGCCCCACCAUUGGAUCCGCGACUUGCCAACAAUGCUAACUAUGUAACUGAUGAUCGGACACUUGGUCCUACUUACGAUCCAUAUUACAGUCCGAACCAAGAAAGCUGGGUCUCAUCAAAUAAUCCUCCAGCUCAAAUGCAAGACAAACAAAGACCUUAUAUACCAAAUGAAUCGAUGGGCAGCUAUGGUCUAAGCCAACCGGUCGGCCCACAACCGCCUCCAGCAUCGUACCGCAGGCAGGACUCUAUACAAACACAACAAAAUAUGGACCAAGGGCACCAACAAUUUAUGAAUCAAGGCCGUCGGCCCUCGGUAAGACCGCCUAUGAGUCAAAGACCUCCCCAAGAGUGGAAUUCAACUCAAGGUAUUCCAAGACGGCAAAGUAUUCUCGGACAACCAACAUUUGACCCUCAAAGUAACACGUACAUCGAUAGCAGCACUGCGUCUUAUGGUCGCAAUGAGUUUCGUACUGGAGUGUUCCAUUCAGAUGGACAUCAUGAAGCGCAAAGACAAGCCCCGGAUUCCCAAGGCUACCGUUCGACCACCGAACCUCAAGCUUACCAACAACAGCUCGACCAACAAGGAUACAGACAAGCAACUGAUCAACAGAUGUAUCGCCAAUCUACGUCUGACCAGCAACAGUAUCGACAGCAAAACGUUUCCGCUGAACAAGAAGCGGUCAACGGGGAACGAGAACCGCGACAGUUCACGGCUCGCCCCUCGAUAGAUUACUUCGAUCAUUACAAAAGACCGCCAAGUAGGGACUCGAGUGUUGAUCGCUAUGGUAGAAGGUCAAGACAGCCGUCGGUGGAAGCCGCGCCUACCGGUGGUUCACGUUCGGGAUCAGUGGCGCCGCAGCCGAUGACGUCAUCCAGGCCGCCUUCACGGGCGGCGACGCCAGCGGGCAACGGCCACUUAUCCUCUGGCCGCGGCUCACUCUCACGUGCCGCCUCAAGAGAGCCCCAACCAUUCGAAGACACACUGCUUCGGAAGCGGACUUUGGGACAGGAAAUAACACCGUCACCUUACCAACCGAAACGGACAGAGAGCCUAUAUGUUGCCCAAAAUCCAACAGCACCCCCUCCGGUGUCGAUGGGGGGAGGAGGCGGUGGAGGCCGAGAGGAAGAUGAAGACGACGAUCUUAUGUGUUCGCCGGCAAUAUUGGCACGCCGCGCUUCCGAAAGCUGGAUCAAUGUACCUCCGGUUGAGAUGCUGAGCACGCCACAGACGCUCCAGCGUAAGAAGUCACUACCAGAUGUUGCCGCCAUGCCGCGAACUGCUGACGGCGGAGGAAUGUCACGCGAAGAGGUAUCAGCACUUGGCUCGGCGCGACGUGAAGAAGUCCGACGCAUACACGAGGAGACAGAAAAGCUAAGAGCUAACCCUCUCCUCUACUUAGUCAGUCCGCAAGUAAAGGACUGGUUUUCACGACAACAACUAGUGAUUUUAGUACUUUUUAUCAACAUUUCUUUGGGUAUCAUGUUUUUCAAGCUACUCACG